CCCCUGUCAUUCCCCACCAACUGCUGUCCACCCCUGCCAUUCCCCACCAAAUACUGUCCGCCCCUGUCAUUCCCCAAGAGAGCGAAGCAGCAUUUUUGCUGAACGUCACGUCACUGGACAAGAGACGUCUGGAGGCUCUGGUAGCCAUUGUAAAAAGAAACCAAAUCAAGCCAGAAUAACUGGAAAAAAUCAAACAGUAAACCUUGUCUAUGAAAACACAGUCAUGUAAAAAAAAAUACCUCGUAUACUUGAAAAAUAAAAAUAAGCAAAACAGGAACAGGAAACUCCACGUCAGAUAUCAGAAUCAGAUUUCUUCUCCAAGGUCAAACGCCAUGUUUACCACCAGUCUCGGGCAUUAUUGUUCCAAUAUCGGACGGGAUGUCUCCUGAAACAAAACUUCUUCUCGUGUGUGUACCAGCUGCUUUUGCGACCGCAGUAGCUUUGUUUUACUGGCACAAGACCCGUAAGAGAGAGUUUCGUGCCGCGGGACAUGUUUCGGGACUGUACAUUUACCCGAUCAAGUCUUGCAAGGGAAUCCCGCUGGAUUCAGCGCAAUGUCUUCUCGAGGGAUUACGAUACGACAGACGUUGGGCUGUGAUUGAUAGUAAAGGUGAAACACUCACAUGUUCUAAAGUGGCCACCAUGGUUCUCAUUUCACCAUCCUUUGAUAAGGAAAUGGAGAAUCUUAUCCUAGAUGCGCCUGGGAUGGAGACACUCAAGAUACCAUUGUCUAGGAGAACUGACAAGAUCAAGGAUAUACAAGUUACACGCACUUGGGCUAAGGGAGUUUCUGUAGGAGAUGCAGCAUCUGAUUGGGUGUCCAGGUUCCUGGACAUUCCAGGAUGUGAGCUAUGCUGUGUGGUUAAGCCACGUUACUUGGUUGAAGACCCAAAGUGGGGUGAUCGAGCGCAGCCUGGAGACAAGGUGGAUUUUGCAGAUAACACUCCCUUGAUGAUUUGCUCACAAGCAUCACUCAAAGAACUAAGCAAACAUUACAAAGAGCCAGUCAACAUGGGCAGAUUCAGGCCCAACAUCAUAGUAGACGGGGGGACACCCUACGAUGAGGAUAGCUGGAGGACUGUUAUGAUUGGGAACACUGUUCGUUUACGGUGGAUCAAAGCAUGUUCAAGGUGCUCUGCCAUCAAUGUGGAUCCAGUAAGGGGGGUGAGGACACUAGAGCCACUGCAUACACUGAGCAGGGUGAGAAAGAUUCCAUGGGCAGACCGAAGACACCAAGGUAAACCUUGGUUUGGCUGGAACGCUUGCCCGGAUGUCAUCGGUUUAAUCAAGGUCGGGGAUCUUGUGUGGGUUUUGUCCGAGUAAAUGCCUGGGACGAGGAAACUGUGCGUGUAGUAGCAACGCCUUGCUUCAAUGGAGGGCUAACGCGGAAACGUCAGCGAAACUACUCUGUUUUUGCAAAUGUAAAACAAUUUUAACCUUU